GAUUUUUAGGAAAUAUGUCUUGUCGUGCUGAUGUCCUGCCGAUUUUGCUCGUAGUUUUUCUACCACUAACAUGUGUUAUAACUUAUGUUAUGGCAGUUGUACUGGGCCACGUGGACCCCGAGUUUCCAUACAUUAGCGACACCGGAACUGUACCGCCAGAAAGCUGCGUGUUUGGCAUUCUGCUCGGCCUGUACGCUUUCAUUUGUGCGUUUGCAAUAUAUAUCCGCUAUUGUCAAGUAGCAGCAUAUUGUUUUGAAAGGCGGGGGUUGGUUAGAGCAAACAAGGCAGCACUCGUUCUGGGUCUCACGUCUUCGUUUGGAAUCUUCUUGGUGGCUAACGUCCAGGAAACCAAUCAGAUCGUAGUUCAUCUGUGUGGUGCGGUCCUGUCAUUCGCUGGUAUCGGCGUAUACUUCUGGUUUCAAACUGCGCUGUCCUACAUGGUGAAAACUAUACCCGGAUACUGUGGAUGUGUGCGUCAUUUCCGCCUGGUGUUGACGCUCAUACACCUCUGCUGCUGUAUUGCAACGCUUGUUUGUGGAGCAGUAGCCACCAGUGAAUUAAAGGACCACGACGCACGAAAACACCGAUUUCACUGGCAUUCUCAAGAUGGGGGUUUCUUGUGGCACGUGGCUUCUGCUUCAUUGGAGUGGGUGGUGGCCUUCAUAUCCGUCGUCUAUUUUCUCUCUUUUAUUAGAGAGUUCGGUCGCUUCAGGUUCACAUUCCCUCAAGUCAUAUUUACCAAUAUGGCACAACUGAAUGGAACAGACAACGACAGCUUAAUGAUUUCAACGAUAAAUAAAAUCACCAAAACAGAACCAAAUCCUACUGCUGAAUGCAUUUAGACCAAAUGGUCACGUGGGACAAUUUUACAAAACAUCGGAUGUUAUACCGGAUAUACGUUUACAUGCGUUUGGCAAAUAUUUCAGGUUGAAAAAAUUAUCAAUAUGGAAGAUGGAGCAUUUUAAGGACAACAGAAAGUGAAAUACGUGUACUUCAAACUGUAUUUGUUGUACUACAAUAGUACUAAACAUAGUGGUUUAGUCGGCUAUUGGGUGUCAAACUAUGAUAAAUGCAAAUACAAUGUUUUGUGAAAUUGUGCCAUUGAUGAUAUUUGACUGGUUGAAAACAUAUUUUUAUUGCACACAGAACAAAAUGAUUUGAUACAAGUUUCCUAAUUUACACAAUCACAACAAGACUGCUGACCCAGGAUUUUCUCAGAACAAAACUGCAGUCUAGAUGACAUUUAUGGUGGCUGUUUGACAUAUUGUCGCUAGUUUGAUGAGUGCCACCACAAGUGUUUGUUUAGACAAUCUCAAGAUAAUGUUAUCUACAUACCUGUACUACAUUUGGAUAGAGUUACAAUAGAGUGAAAUAAGAGGCUAUGACGUUGAUGCGGGAAAAUACCCUUAACAAUAGACGAAAACUCGUCUCCAUAACGGUUACUUCUCAGACGUAUGUGUGUUUUCACAAAUAUGAAAAAUGCAUGAUAUUAGAAACACCAGGAUGACCAGAAACACUUCGGAUGUACGGAAAUUGAUAAUCUAAGCAAUAAAAUCUAUGUAAUGUUUGAUGUCAAUAAUCACAAAACGGCUCUAAUAGUAAAACAAAUACGAUGUUGUGUCUAAAACUAAAGUCUGUCCCUUUAAAGGGAGUCUGUUGCCAUGGUGAGAUGUUUACGACUAACAGAUCCUUUAAAGGGAGUCUGUUGCCAUGGUGAGAUGUUUACGACUAACAGAUCCUUUAAAGGGAGUCUGUUGCCAUGGUAAGAUGUUUACGACUAACAGAUCCUUUAAAGGGAGUCUGUUGCCAUGGUAAGAUGUUUA